GUCGACGUUUACUAACAUUCCACUUUAAUGACGCUUGGGGAUGCGCGAGAACAGGCGCGCGACCUGCGCGACGAUGGGCAAACACUGCCCCUCCCCGCCAUCCGCCCCUCAGACCGCCCAUGAGGGCGCGGGAGCUUCGCCUAGGGCCUAUCACGCGCCCUAGGAUGCCCCCUAUGGCUUCUUUAGCCGCUACGCCCCCACCUGCGCGCUUAACGUGCGCAGGUACGGUAGUAAAUUACACCCUCCCACCACCCUCUACCCCUUGCUCGUGUAGAAUCGCCUUCGUGGCGAUUCUACGCGCCGCUGGCGGCGCAUAUUGCGCUACCAAACUCGCUUUUGGUGCGCCGCGUCCGAGCG